AUGAAUUAUGAUAAUUUAAAUGGUAAUGGCACCAUAUCAAACCCAUAUCAAAAUUUAUGUUUACUAAAUCAAAUUUUAAAUUCAAAUAAUAAUAUAAAUAAUAAUAUAAAUAAUAAUAUAAAUAAUUCAAUAUUAAUAAUAAAUAUUGAUUAUGGUGAUUACAAUUUAAAUUGUUCAUCAUUUUUUACAAUAAUUAACUUUAAUAAUAUUUCAUUCAUACCUUAUAAAUCAAAUAAUAAUAAUAAUAAUGAGAUUGUAAAUUUAAAUAGUACAAAUUAUUUAAGAAUAGAUAACUCUAAUGUUAGAUUCGAUGGGUCAAUAACAAUAAUAAUGAACACAUUUGAAAUAAUAUUUAGUAAUAGUGAAAUAUCAUUCAAUAAUGGGGCUGUAUUUUAUCUUGAAGCUUUUCUUUUCUUUCAAAUUCAAUGUUCAAACAUUAUAUUUUCAAAUUCAACAUUCACUUCAAAAUCAUCCCAUAUUGGAUCUAAUGAUAUAAAUUCAGAUUCUAGUAUACUCGAAUUUCGAAAUUCUUUAGUAGAAAAUAUAUCUUUAAUUUUAAAUUAUCAUACAGAUAGGAGUAGUAGUAGUAGUAGUAGUAGUAGUAGUAGUAGUAGUAGUAGUGGUAGUGGUAAUAAUAGUUGUAGUAAUGAAAAUAAUAUUAGUUUAUCAAUUUAUAAUAGUAAUAUAAAAUCAAGUACUUUUGAAUUUUAUAAAUAUAGUUAUAUAAUUGAUAAUUCAUUAUUGGAUGGUGUAUCGAUUGAAGUUAGAGAUGGUGCAAUAUUUAAUAUAACCAAUUCAAAUGUAUAUGUAGAGUAUCCAACUUAUUCAUCAAUUUUUGAAAUUUAUAAUAAUAAUAAAAUGAAAGCUUCAACAUUAAAUAUUGUAAAUAGUGCUAUUUACUAUAUGAAUAGUUUUGAUUUUUCUUUAAUAACUAUUACUAAAAACUCAAUUGUAACAAUUAGUGAUUGUAAUAUAAGUGGGAGAUUCAAUAGAGUUUAUAGAUUAGUUGAUAUUAUAGGUGAUCCUAGCAUGACUAGUGAAACCAUAUUAAUUGUAGAGAAUUCAAAGAUUUUAAAUUUCAUUUCAGAUAGUGAUAUGAUUAAUUCAUAUCAUUCAACAAUUGUAUUCAAGAAUGUUCAAUUCUAUUCAAACACUUUUUCAUCAAUAUUUUUAUUAAGUUUUAGUGGUAAUCUACACAUUCAAGAUAUUAGUAUAACAUGUGACCAAUUGAAUUCUUUCUCAAUGAUAGUAGAUUCCCCACUCGUUUUAGAUGCAAAUCAUACGUUUAUCUCAAAUAUAAGUAUGAAUAAUGUUUUUAUGAGUUGUGUAGGUGGAUUUAAAUUUCUAAUUUCUAAAAUUGAAAUUUCAAAUUUUAGACUAGAAUCAUUUUCAAAACCUUCAACUAUAAGUUUAUACUACCAAAGUGAUUGUACAAUUGUAAAUGGUACUUUUAUAUCUAGUGUAUUCAAACAAGAGUCAAGUAUGUUUUAUUUGGAAUCAAGUGAAUUGAAGGCUAUAGAUUGUCAAUUUAAAGAUAGUACUACCAAUAUUCUAAUGGCAAGAGAUUCCAAUACAAUGUUUCAAUCUUCAAAUUUUUCAAAUUUAAUACCAUAUAGUUCUUUUGAUUCAUACUCAAUUUUUUAUUCUAUAAAGGGUUCAAUGCUAUUUAUUGGAUGCAAUUUUAACCAAAUUCAAACAACAUCUUCAUUGAUUUCAACAACAUUUUCAGAUUAUCUAAUGUUAAAGAAUUCAAGAUUUGAAAGAGUUGGUAAUGCUAUUCUUUCGAGUAAACUUACAAAUAAUGUCACAAUCGAUGGAUCAUUAAUAGUGAAUUGUAAUACACAAUCUAUAUUAUUUGUUUUUAGUUAUAAUGAAAAGUGUUUAAUUAGAAAUUCUAGCUUUUUAAAUAAUCAUGGUAUUGGUUAUACACUUAUUGAUAUAAACAAUUCAAUGAUGGAAAUUAGUUUAGUGGAGAUUUCAGACAACUCUUUCUCUUCAAUCAUCGAGGAAUACUAUUCAAAUAUCACAAUGAUCUCAAUUAGUGCCUAUAGGAAUUAUGGAGUUUUUUAUCGAGGUUAUUCAUCAAACACUUCCUUUUCAAUCGAUGGUUUGCUUUUCAAGGAUAACUACUAUGUGAGCUCUGUAUUUGAUUUGUUUGAACAUUCCAAUGCAACCUUUUCAAACAUUUACAUUCAAGAUAACUAUUUCACAAAUAUCUUUUUUAGUUCAUACGAUAGUUUUAUCCAUUUUAGUAAUGUCACCUUCAAACAGAAUGUAUUGAUUUAUCCAUCUCCACAAAGUAAUAUAUCAAUUUCUGCUGGUGGUUUCCUUUUUAAUAGUAGUUUUAUUAAUUUUGAAAAUUUAAUCAUUAUCAAUAAUGAAAUCUCAACCAAAUUAAUUGAUCUUUACCAAACAAAUCUAUCAAUUUCAAAUGGUUUAUUUGAGAAUAAUCAAUUCUCAACUUAUUUAAUUUUUUCAAAAAAAAAUUCCACUGUUAAUCUCUUGAAUACAAAGAUAUUAAAAAAUCAAGGUGGUGAUAGUUCAACUAUUUUUAUGUUUUAUGCUUCAAAUGUAAUUGUGAAUUAUUGUGAAUUCUCUUUUAAUAAUAUUUAUCAAGUUGGUAGUAGUUCAUUAAUUAAUUUUAGUAGAUAUUUUGAAAUUGGUCAAACUAUCAAUAAAUUUGCUUAUUUUCAAAUUGAAAAUACUUUAUUCUCCUUCAAUAUAGCUAAACUUGGUCAAUUAUACUUUUCAGGUUAUCAAAGUGAUCAAGAUGCAUUUACAAAUAGUAAAAGUACAUUUUCAAAUAAUUCAUUAAUUUCAAAUCAUGCAUCUUCACAAGGUGGUGCUAUCUACACUGAAAAUUUCAUUUUCUCUUUAAAUAUUUCAAAUAUUUUAAAUUCAAAUCAUUUCGAUAAUAAUACUUCAUUAUGUGGUGAUAAUUUCUCUUCAAGUUUAAAAGAAAUUAUUUUCAUUGAAACUAAUGAUACAUUUUUAGUAAAUGGAGUUGGAUCUAUUAUCAAUUAUAAUGCAGUGGAUUUUUAUAAUAAUGCAUUAACAACAUUAUCUUCACCAAUUCAAAUUAAUAUUACACGUUUAUCAGUUAAUGUACUACAAACCUUCACUGGUGCAAUUUUAAGUGGUAAAGGAAGUUUUUUACAUACUUUUAUAGGACCACUUUAUGAAAGAUUUAAAAUUGAAUUGUAUCUCAAACCAUAUUAUUCAAAUGUUUAUUUAACACUUGGUAAAUGUUUACCAUUUCAAUAUAUGAAUAAUUUAACAUGUGAAUAUUGUCCAAUAGGUUCAUCAUAUAGUAAUUCAAUAGGUCAAUGUUUAAAAUGUAAUCCUAAUGCAGUGACAUGUGUUGGUUCAUUUGUAAAUGUAAAUACUGGAUAUUAUAUGAUUGAUAAUGAAAUCUCAAUUGUUGAACGAUGUGCAAACGAUAUGUGUCUUUCAAAUAAUCAAUGUCAAUUUAAAUAUAGUUCAGGAGAUUUAUGUUUCAGUUGUUUAGAUCCAGACUCAUCAACACCAACAUUCAUAGCAGCUAAACAUGGAAUUAAUUGUUGUUCCCAAUUUAAAGUAUGGUUAAUUGUACCAUUAUUAUUAUUAUAUUUAGUUUCAGCAUUAGUUCUCUCAAUAAUCAAAUUAAAUUUAUUCACAACAAUAAUUGGACCAAUAAUAGUAUUCCUUCAAAUUAAUUCAGUGGUUUUCUUUUCUUAUAAUGGUAUUUACAUUUUAGCAUUCUUUAGAGUAUCAUUAGAUAUUUUAGAUGGAAUUUGUAUUUUCAAAGGAUUAAAUCAUGGAAAUAAAACAUUAAUUACACUAUCAAUUAUAAUAAUAAUGUUUUUAAUUUCUUCAAGUGAUUGGUUCCCUUUAUGGUUAUUUAGAAAAUUAAAUUCAAAUUUUAAGUUACACAAUUAUUUAAAAAGAAAUUUAAAAAAGAAAAGAAAUUUAAAGAAAUCAUCAACAACUCAGUUUAAUUACUUUAUUAGAUCAAGAUGGCAAUUAUUUCAAAUCUUUAUUAUACCAUUAAUAUUCAAUUCAUUUACAUUGAUAAUACCAAAGAAAAUUAAAGAUCAAACAUUAUUAUUAGUAGAUUUUUCAAUUUUAUUUGGAUCAUGGCAGAGUAUUCUUCAAAUUUUCAUUUCAGUUUUAAUAAUAAUAUUUGUAAUAGUCAUUUUAGUGUUAAAUCAUUUUAUUUUCAAAAAGGGUAAAUUAAAGUUGUGGGAAUUGAUUAUUAUUGCAAAAUCAUUUUUAUUUUCAAUUCUAUCAAUAUCAUUGAUUUUUAAUGAUUUUUAUACACCUUCAAUUAUUUUAAUUCAAAUUGUUUAUUCAACUAUUUACUUUUUAUUAAAUCCAAAAAAGAAAGGAAAUUCAAAGAAAUCAUCGAAAAUUGAUAAUAAUAAUUUUAUAAAUUUAAUUCAACUAUUAAUCUUUCUUACUGUAAAUUCAAAAUUAUUCCAACAAAUUGCUCCUAAUGUCUUUGGGUUAAUUUUAACCAUUUUAAUUAUUAUCUCAACCUUUUUGAUUGCAGUAAAAAAAAAUAAAACAUUUAGCUUUAAUUAA